CUCCCACCCCCUCCGUCGCUCCCUGCUCGCGCCCCCGCGCCGGGCUCAGCUCUGUCAGCGCCCGGCGCACCUCGCGUCCCCGCCGGCCUCAGGGCCGGCUUCCGCGGUCGCCAUGACGGCGGCCGUGUUCUUCGGCUGCGCCUUCAUUGCCUUCGGGCCUGCGCUGGCCCUCUACAUCUUCACCAUCGCCACCGAGCCGUUGCGCGUCAUCUUCCUCAUCAUCGGAGCUUUUUUCUGGUUGGUGUCUCUGCUGUUUUCCUCCCUUUUUUGGUUCAUGGCAAGAACCAUUACUGACAACAAAGAUGGACCAAUACAGAAAUAUCUGCUGAUCUUGGGAGCAUUAGUCUCAGUCCUUAUCCAAGAAUUGUUUCGGUUUGUGUACUAUAAACUUUUAAAAAAAGCCAGUGAGGGUUUGAAGAGUAUAAACCCGGAUGAGACGGCACCUUCUAUGCGAUUACUGGCCUACGUUUCUGGCUUGGGCUUUGGAAUCAUGAGUGGAGUAUUCGCCUUUGUAAAUACCCUUUCCGACUCCUUGGGACCAGGCACAGUGGGCAUUCAUGGAGACUCUCCCCAGUUCUUCCUAAAUUCAGCUUUCAUGACGCUGGUUAUCAUACUGCUGCACGUGUUCUGGGGCAUCAUAUUUUUUGACGGCUGUGAGAAGAAAAAGUGGUCCGCGCUUCUUGUAGUUCUUCUGAGCCAUCUGCUGGUGUCGGCCCUGACCUUCAUAAGCUCUCAUUAUGGAAUAAAUCUGGUGUCAACAUAUAUAGUUAUGGUACUCAUGGGCAUCUGGGCAUUCUUUGUUGCUGGAGGCAGCUGCCGAAGCCUGAAACUCUGCCUUCUCUGCCAAGACAAGGACUUCCUCCUUUUCAACCAGCGCUCCAGAUAACCUCUGAGAACCAGCACUUGUCAAACAUUGGUGGUUGUAACUGGAGAAGUUCUGUUACCUCAGUCCUGCCUGCCGGCUGAUAAUAUAGCAGCCUCCUUUACAGCAUCUGAUGAAAACGUGGCUGAAAGGAAGAAGUGAUGGUAACUGCAGACUGCAUAGACAGUGGCUUUAGUUCUCCUUGUUAAUUUUUUUUCCCUUAAAGCACCUUUCAAUGUUUGCUGAGAGUGACAAAUUCACAUCAAAAAUGCAGGUGUUCUUUUCCAUAGAGUUGGGUGCAGGAUAAGCAGUUGUGAUGGGAGCUUCUUCCUACCUGUACUCCUCCCACUUUGCAGUCACCUCAGACUAGUCCUGAGGCUGGGAUUAGCAGUCAUCGUGGGCCUGAGGGCUCCAGGGGGCCCAGGGUAGCAGCCUGUCUUGGGCAGCAGCAGCCUGCUCCCUGGGAAGAGCUCCUCGAAAGUGCUAGCUCUCCUUAGUUAACUUUUUCUGGGGUCCUACUCUUCCUAACUCCAGGUGGACAGAGUAGAUAUCACAACAAAACAACUUUAAAGUGCUUUGCUUAGAGCAUUUUGUUUGUGAUGGCAGUGUUUACAGUUCUCAUUUAAUAAAAGGCGUUACUUCUAUUAAAUUCUAGUGUUUAGAGAGGCGGCUACUAUACGUAUCAUUUUAUAUAAGUGUACAAUAUAUAUUGUUUUAUAUAAGUUAUGCUGUUCUGUCGUAUGUACUUGUAAUAUCAGGCCUUGCAUUCAAUACACAAUGCAAUAGACUCUUUCCAGACCUGUGUUUUCCAGUGAACAAUAAAAUACUUGUUUGGCACUA